AUGAACAACAACCAGAUGAUGCAGGCGGACAAUGCCGCUGUUAGGGUGGCUCGGCUCCCCGUCUUACGCUCUGCUUGGUCCCGGCUGACUGUCCUGUACACUGGGGCCAAACGCUCCCGUCCCAACGUCAGGCUCUUCUGCGAGGCCUUGGAGCACCGCGCAGUACAUCUUUGCACAUUGGCAUCAGACACCGUGUCUCCAGUGGUGGUGGUACUGGAGCCUCAAAUAUCCAUCGCCAAUGAGUUUGCCUGUAAAAGUUUGGAUUGGCUGGAGUCUGCAUUCCCGUUGCUUCAGGCACCAACAGAAGAAAUUGUUGCUGUUGCUAAAGACAAGAUCCAUGAAGCCAAAGAAAUGAUGAAUGCAGUUGCAACACGGAGUAAAAGCUGCUUACAGCGCACACUGGAGCAUCCUGUGAACCAAGAGCAUUCCAGCUCAUUCUCCGACAGAGCUGCGGCUGGGGCAGGACUAGACCAUGCACCGCAUGUGCCUCUGGUCGACAGUGUGUCCCCCUCUGCUGUUGGAGGAGAAGAGGCCAACUCAGUGGAGGGGUUUGAUUCCACUUCUGCACAGACUGAGAGACUGCAGUCACUGUGCACCAACCUUUAUAGAGGAUACAAUAAGGUCAUCGAGAGAUUGUCUCAGACAAGUUUGACUCAAGAACUUCAAACUCAUUUAUCAUCCUUCAUAAUGAUGCUCCCCCACUGCCUCCAGCAACAGAUGGCAACCAUGAUCUUGUUUGUAGCACAUAUGUACUCCUUAAGUUGCCCGUUCCCUCAGCAGACUGGUACUGAAUACAGCAUUUUGACGACCACCUCCCCUCACAAGGAUCAGCUCGCUGUGGUUCAGUGGCAGGAGUCUCCCACCUGGAGACUGAGGCUGCCCCAGUCUGACUGCGGGUGCAAGGACCACUGCUGCAUGAGAACAUAG